AGGACCCAGCAGUGCCCUCCAACCACUGCUCUGGGCUGUUCCCCACCCCACCCCCAACUUGAGCCCCUAACUCGGGAUUCCGGACCUUGGGGCCCUCCCUGCUGCAGCCCACUCCUCUGGACCAGAAGAGCCACCCCAGACCCGCUCCCACCACGUGUGCUGCAGGCAGGAUGGGGGCCAGGGCCAGGCCAGGGCUGCAGCUGGUGCUGCUAGUGCUGCUGGUGCUGGGGACACCCCAGUCAGGGGUGCAGGGGGAGGAAGGGCUGGACUUUCCUGCGUACGAUGGUGUGGACCGCGUGGUGAAUGUCAACGCGAAGAACUACAAGAAUAUAUUCAAGAAGUAUGAGGUGAUGGCACUGCUCUACCACGAGCCGCCCGAGGAUGACAAGGCCUCCCAGAGACAGUUUGAGAUGGAGGAGCUGAUUCUAGAGCUGGCGGCCCAAGUCCUGGAAGACAAGGGUAUUGGCUUCGGACUGGUGGACUCUGAGAAGGAUGCGGCCGUAGCCAAGAAGCUGGGACUAACGGAAGAGGACAGCAUUUAUAUCUUUAAGGGAGAUGAAGUCAUCGAGUAUGAUGGAGAGCUUGCUGCUGACACCCUGGUGGAGUUUCUGCUCGAUGUCCUGGAGGACCCCGUGGAGAUGAUUGAAGGGGACAAAGAGCUUCAGGCCUUUGAAAACAUCGAGGAUGAGAACAAGCUCAUCGGUUACUUCAAGAACAAAGACUCAGAGCAUUACAAAGCCUUCGAGGACGCCGCAGAGGAGUUCCAUCCCUAUAUCCCCUUCUUCGCCACAUUUGACAGCAAGGUGGCAAAGAAGCUGACCCUAAAAAUGAAUGAAAUUGACUUCUACGAAGCCUUCAUGGAUGAGCCCGUGACCAUCCCAGACAAGCCCAACAGUGUGGAGGAAAUCGUCAGCUUUGUGGAGGAGCACAGGAGAUCAACCCUGAGGAAACUGAAGCCUGAGAGUAUGUAUGAGACCUGGGAGGAUGACAUGGACGGAAUCCACAUUGUGGCCUUUGCUGAGGAAGCAGAUCCUGAUGGCUAUGAGUUCUUAGAGACCCUCAAGGCCGUGGCCCAGGACAACACUGACAACCCUGAUCUGAGCAUCGUCUGGAUCGACCCUGAUGACUUCCCUCUGCUGGUUCCAUAUUGGGAGAAGACAUUCGACAUCGACCUGUCAGCCCCCCAAAUCGGAGUCGUUAAUGUCACCGAUGCGGACAGCAUAUGGAUGGAGAUGGACAAUGAGGAGGACCUGCCCUCAGCUGAUGAGCUGGAGGACUGGCUGGAGGACGUGCUGGAAGGCGAGAUCAACACAGAGGAUGACGAUGACGAUGAUGACGAUGAUGAUGACGACUAG